AGGGCUCAAGCUCACUUACUGCUGAACACCACGGACGGCACACUACUGACUGUCUUCAGUUGUUUCUGUAAGGACAGGAAGUGCACUCGGAGUCUGAAUUCAAAAUGCUGAAGAGAAAACCAUCCAAUGUUUCAGAGAAGGAGAAACAUCAAAAACCAAAGCGCAGCAGCAGCUUUGGGAAUUUUGAUCGUUUUCGGAAUAAUUCCAUAUCAAAACCUGAUGAUUCAACUGAGGUGUAUGAGGGGGAGCUCAUAAAUGAAAGUGAGGAACAAAAUAAAAAUUCAAAUCAUGGAAGAGGUUUAAGUAAAAAGAUGAGAGCCAUUUCCUGGACAAUGAAGAAAAAAGUGGGUAAAAAGUACAUCAAAGCACUUUCUGAGGAAAAGGAUGUCGAAGAUGGAAAGGAUGGCCUCCCAUGUCGGAACAGUGACCCCAUGAUUGGGACGCACACAGAAAAGCUCUCCCUCAAAGCCAGUGAUUCCAUGGAUAGUCUCUACAGUAGGCGGAGCUCAUCAAGUGGAAUAACAAGCUGUUCAGAUGGUACAAGCAAUCGGGACAGCUUUCGACUUGAUGAUGAUUGCCCCUACUCCGGACCGUUCUGUGGCCGUGCCAGGGUGCACACUGAUUUCACGCCAAGCCCUUAUGACACUGACUCCCUCAAAAUCAAGAAAGGAGACAUCAUAGACAUUAUUUGCAAAACACCAAUGGGGAUGUGGACUGGAAUGUUAAACAAUAAGGUGGGAAACUUCAAAUUUAUUUAUGUGGAUGUCAUCUCAGAAGAGGAAGAAGCCCCCAAGAAAAUAAAGACACACAGAAAAAGUGGAACAGAAAAAUGCAAGUCUCUGCAGGAAAUCUUAGAGAAGAUUCAUCUUCAGGAAUACACAUCAACACUUUUGCUCAAUGGUUAUGAGACGCUAGAAGAUUUAAAGGAUAUAAAAGAGAGUCAUCUCAUUGAAUUAAACAUUAAAAACCCAGAAGACAGGAUGAGGUUACUAUCAGCUGCUGAAAAUCUGCUUGAUGAAGAAACUAUUCAAGAGCAAGAAAAUGAAUCUGUGUCUCUAUCCUUAAGCACAGACAUCUCCUUAAAUAAGUCACAGCUAGAUGACUGCCCAAGGGACUCUGGUUGCUAUAUCUCAUCAGAAAAUUCAGAUAAUGGUAAAGAAGAUCUGGAGUCUGAAAAUCUGUCUGACAUGGUGCAGAAGAUUGCUAUCACAGAAACAAGUGACUGAACACACAUUGUAAACUCUGUAUCUAUAACUGCAUUCCAUUUUAACUCUUCUUCAGCUAAAGGAUCACAUAAGAAAUAAAGAGAAGUAUUUGAAAAUACAAUCUAAAGUUAAAAUGUUUUAAUAUGAAUGAUUUGUACAUAAAAGUUCGUAUCUCUAAAAUUCCCAAUUAUUGUAAAUAAUAUGUAUAUUUAUUAUUUUAAAUGCCACAUGUUAGUAUGUUACAUGCAUGUAUUAGAAAAGGUUUAUUAUAAAUCUUUGGUAUGUGUGAUAUAAAUUUUAUUUUGCUUUAUUUUUUAAGUGCAAAAUAAUAAAUUCUGCAACAACUCCCUCCUUUCUUCAUACAUGCCAGUUUUGAAUAAUCAAAUGAAUAACAGUGGAGCCUGUGCUUGUUUAAUCAAUUGUCUAAGCAGCAUUUACCUUCAUUUUUAUACUUACUGGAAAAGUGUGAGUUAAUAUUGGAGACAUUUUUAUCCUAAUUCACA